AUGUCCUCCUUGCUACCGGAUCUUGAUUUUGAGACUCCAUGCGUCAAGCACUAUUGCUCGCUCGUGCCUGCAUUUCAGGAAGAAUGGAAGGUUUUUGGUGAUGAUGACCUGGAGUCUUCUAUGAAGUCGAUGAAGCUGUUUGAGGACACUAUGAAAUCAAAUGAGCAGUGCCUCAAGAAAGUCAAAUCCAACCUGACAAAAGAGGUCAUCAGGCUGAAGCAGAAACAGGAGAAGGAGAAGAAAGACGCGGAGAAGAAACGCAAGGCGAGAGAGCGCAAAGAAGCCCUAGAGACAGCUAUUGGUGAUGGUGAGGAGGAAGACGGUGAUGCCAUUGGCAUUGAAAGGGUUUUCCUGGGAAGGGGGGUCUCAAAAUGA